AUGUCGGCCUCCAUUACCGUCCGUCCUGAUGGGGUUGGCGUCAUCACCAUGAACAGCCCGCCGGUGAACUCACUUGGCACGAGCUUGGUGACAUCCUUCAAGCAGGAGUUCCCGAAACUCGUCCAAGAUCCGAAGGUCAAAGCCAUUGUGGUGACGGGAAGCGGCUCGAUGUUCUCCGGUGGUGCUGAGAUCACGGAGUUUGCCAUCAUGGUUGCCAUGGGCGAGGCAGAGAUGAGGAAGAACAACCCUGUGGCAGCACUGAGCGAGAUGAUGGACACCAUUGAUGCCUCGCCCAAGACGGUGGUAGCAGCUCUCAAUGGUCCCGCCUUGGGUGGUGGCUGCGAGGUCAGCCUGGCCUGCCACUACAGGGUGGCCACGCCAAAAGCCUCGGUCGGCUUCCCGGAGGUGAACCUGGGAUUGCUCCCGGGCGCGCAGGGCACGCAGCGGCUUCCUCGCGUUGCCGCCCUCCCCGUGGCGCUUCCAAUGAUCUUGCAGGGCCGGCCCAUGAACGCCGAAGCUGCGAAGAAGAACGGCAUCAUCGAUUUGGUUGCAAAGGGAGACGUUGUGGAGGAGGCCGCCGGGUUCGCCCUGUCGCACCCGCCGGCGCCCAUCUCCAAGCGCGAUGUGCCCAAGACCAAUCGCCUGAUGGUCGCGGCUGGAGGCCUCCAUGCAGCUCUGAACAUGGCCUUCAAUGCACAGCCUUUGAUGGUGGCACCGGCUGGCAUCAUCAACUGCUUCGAGGCCGCCUGUUCAGGAAAGAGUUUCAAGGAGGGCGUGGCAGUCGAGAUGGAGGAGUUCACGAAGCUGGUCUUCUCUGUGCAGUCAGCUGCUUUGAGACACCUCUUCUUGGCCGAGCGAAUGGCGCAGAAGGUGCCUGGAGUGAACGAGAAGCCGGCACCGCUGAAGAAGAUCGGCAUCCUAGGUGCAGGACUCAUGGGAGGCGGCAUCGCCAUGUGCUUCGUGCAGAAAGGGAUCCCAGUGGUCCUCAAGGAUGCGAAGAAGGAGUGGCUGGAGGAUGGCAUGAAGAAGAUUGAGGGUCUCUGGGGUGGCCAGGCGAAAAGGGGCCGCUUGAGCCAGGACAAGUACAAGCAGUACAUGAGCCUCCUGAAGCCGACAUUAGACUAUGCUGACUUCAAGGAUGUGGACAUGGUCAUUGAGGCAGUCCCUGAAAUCAUGGACCUCAAGAAGGAGGUGUUCCUCGACAUCGAGAAGAACACCAAGCCAGAUGCCCUCAUCUGCACUAACACCAGUGGCCUGAACAUUGAUGACAUCGCGGCCGUGCUGAAGGACCCUAGCCGUGUCAUGGGCACCCACUUCUUCUCCCCAGCCAACGUGAUGCAGCUGCUGGAGAACGUCCGAACGGCCAAGUCCAGCACCAAAACGUUGGCCACCGGAAUGGCCAUGGGCAAACUGAUCAGCAAGAAAGCGAUCAUGGUAGGCAACUGCGAUGGCUUCGUGGGCAACCGAAUGCUUGCGCCAUAUGCCGGGGAGGCGAAGAUGGUUCUGGAGGAAGGUGCCAACAUUGAGCAGGUGGAUAACGCUGCUCGGAAGUUUGGCAUGGCCAUGGGUCCCAUGGCAUUGGGCGAUUUGGUGGGCCUGGAGCUUUUCUGGAAGCAGCGCAAGGCGGCCGGCGACAUGAAGAAGCAGACCAAGACGUACUAUGGCCCCUAUGAGCUGACGGACUGGCUGUGUGAGCAGGGCCGAUUUGGCCUGAAGACGCCUGACCCGAAGAUCAAGGCCAACGGCCGUGGCGUCUUCAUCCACCGUGGCCGCAGCAAGGAGGUGGAUCCCGAGGUCAUCGCCAAGCUGGAUGAGGUUCGCAAGAUGAAGGGCAUGACGCCCCGGGCCGUUUCCGACGAGGAGAUUUGCGAGAGGCUCUUCUUCUCGAUGAUCAAUGAGGGCUUCAAGAUCCUCGAGGAAGGAUACGUGGCUCGGUCCUCAGACAUCGACCUGGCCUACAUCUACGGAUAUGGCUUCCCCCCUGCCAAGGGUGGCCCCAUGUUCUACGCCGAGAACUACGCUGGCUUCAAGAAGAUCCUGAGGCGCGUGAAGUACUACAACCAGCAGGCCAAGGUGGGGAGCGCAGAAAGUCGCUGGGGUGUAGGCAUGGACACCUUGGGUCAUGUUGGGUCUUUUGUUGCAGCGUCAAGUUUAACACAGUGUGCGCCCUACAUUACAGAUUCUCGGAUGACGUUCUUCAGUCCUUCAACACGUUUAAUCGCAGAACUGGUUCGCCCACCCACUAUGCAACUUUGCAUCAACGUGACAUGCUAUCAAAACUCUUUCGGAGCUACGGCAACAUCUGACAACUAUGCAGAAUGGGAAACCGGACUGAAUGUGUAG